AUGGCCAAGCUCUCUCGCGGUGCCCCCGGUGGCAAGCUCAAGAUGACCCUGGGUCUUCCUGUUGGUGCGAUCAUGAACUGCGCAGACAACUCUGGCGCUCGCAACCUGUACAUCAUCGCCGUCAAGGGUAUCGGUGCCCGCCUGAACAGACUACCUGCCGGUGGUGUGGGCGACAUGGUGAUGGCCACGGUCAAGAAGGGCAAGCCGGAGCUGCGCAAGAAGGUGCACCCGGCCGUCAUUGUGCGCCAGUCCAAGCCGUGGAAGCGCACCGACGGCGUCUUCCUGUACUUUGAGGACAACGCUGGCGUGAUUGUCAACCCCAAGGGCGAGAUGAAGGGCUCUGCCAUCACUGGCCCCGUCGGCAAGGAGGCUGCCGAGCUCUGGCCGCGUAUUGCCAGCAACUCCGGUGUCGUCAUGUAA